AUGUUUAGAGAUAUCCGUUGGUUAAGCAAUCAUCGACGACAGUUUGUUGCUAUUUCGAUUGAGCAGAUAGCACUUUAUGAAGAUGUUGACAAAUGUCGACCAAAGUUACUUCAUUGUUUGCCAUUUAAUCAAAAUAGCGAAGAGGAACGUCUCCAGUCCUUUGACUUGAGUCCCUUAUCUGAUGAAGCUUUAGCAUUGGGCUACGCAAAUGGCAAAGUAGUAUUAUCAAAAGUUGCUGCAGAACCGGUCAUGAAAAAUCUUAACUAUACUGUGGAAUUAGCUCGUGACGUACGAAGAGCGGUUACUUUCCUGAAUUUCAGUCCAAUUAUGAAUGUUCAUUUAGCUGCAUGUUUCGAAAGGGGACGUUCUCAAGAUUAUACUGUUUGUGUUUAUGAUGUCAGUAAUCCAAAGUUACAUGUUUUCUGUGUGAAUUGCAGUGAAGAUGUAACAGAUCAAACUUGGCUCAAGGACAGUUCGAGCAUGCUUUGCCUGGGAUGUUCUCGUUCGAUAAAGUUUUUUGACCUACGUGAAGGUUCUCGGCCAGUAUGUUCCUUUUCUGUUUCUAAUCAAGUGCGAAGCAUAAGUGCUGGUGAUGUACACUUGUGUAUUGCAUGUAUCAUUGAAGAUUACGCAUAUAUUUAUGACCGAAGGCAUUUGACUUCUCCUAUUUACAAACUACCAGUUUCGUAUUUUAGGAAAAAUGAUACUGGCGCCGUAAAGAUAUUAUGGAAUCCUUAUUUUACAAGUAGCUUGACAUGCUUUCGUCGCAAUGGCCGUGUCAUUACUGAAUUUAUGUCUUCGAGUGAAAACACACUGGACGAACACGGAAUCACGGAACUUGCUAGUCUUUCAAUGACUGAUACUGUUGAUAUGGUGCAAAGUGGAUUUCGACGUAUUCGUUAUUCAGAGGAUAGUGGUUCCAUCAAAUUGUCACAUCCUUAUUUAGAACUAAACCAUAAGGUGUAUGGUGUUUCAAGGGUCUCUGGGUUCAGUUGGCAUCCGGAGAAACGUGAUCGGCUGUUAGUAGUUGCUCCAGAUGGAGGGCGUGGCGCUUUUGAAAUCAGACUUACUACUAUGUGCAGAUUUGUAACUGGGGAUUAUUCAUCACAAGGCUUUCUUGCUCAUGCAUUCGGAACUGAGCUUUACAUACGUAAUGCUGAUUCAUCAGCUACUGAUAUAUCGCCUGAUAUAUCAUUUGUUAUGAAGAAUCGUGCUGCUAAAAAUUUCGGAGCUCCUUCGAGCAUUACUUUGGAAGCUUAUGUCCAGUCCUGCAAAGAAAUCAUUGAUAAUUGCCCAUAUUCAUCAUUUGAAAUGAAAUGGCUUUGGAAGUGGAUGCGCCGUAUGAUUUGUAUUGUCGACUGGAGGCCAUGUGUCUAUAAGACACUGUUCCCGGGUGUUAUAGAUCUUAUGCAGUGCAGUUUGAAUCCAGAAAGUGAAGAGUUAACUACAGAACGAAUAUUUGUGAUUGAUCCGUUUCUUGGACGUAUCAGAUUGUACAGAGGAAAAGAACGAAACCGAGUGCUUCGUAUAUGUGGUUGGCCAGCUCUGGGCGAUCUUACUCAGCUUGAUAUGUUCAUCGAAGAAAAUCUCAUGGAACGGGAAACACAAAAUAGAGCAAUUGCUGCAGCACUUAUAACAGCCAAUUCAACGAGAAUUAAAAAAAUUUUAAAUUUGAUGUUGGAAAAAGCUAAAAACUCUAGUGAGGAACUGCUGGAAGUAGAAACAUUGAAAGAAGCUUUGCAACACUAUCGGGGGAUUUCAGAACAAUGGAGAUCAUCCUCCGAACGUUUGAAAAGCAUUGUCAAGGACCCGUACUUGAGUAUGGUUAUAACCUUUUUGGAUGGACACUGUGACAAUUUUUCCAGUCUUCAGUGCAUUAUUCAUCAAAAAGACAUUCCAUUGGAGGACAGAAUUGCUUUUGCUGCUAUUCAUCUUAGCGAUCAGUAUUUUAUGAAAUCCAUGAGAGAAUUGUUCAUUGAUGCGUGUUUGUAUCGGAAACUUUCUGGUUUAUUUAUUGUUGGCAUUUCUUCUGAAAAAGCUACUCAUGAUUUGUUAUCCCAAUAUGUAGAUCAUACCGGUGAUAUACAAACUGCUGCAGUUUUGUUAGCAAUAGGACAGUGUUUCGUGAAAGAUUAUUUUUGGCCUUCAACUUAUACGACUGAAGAAAUUGCCAGUAGUGAUUUUCAGCUCUUUAUGGUUGAAGAAAAAGAAACAGUUAUUGAGGAAAAUGAGUAUAUGAAAAGAAGUUGUGCCAUUGUCAUCGAUUAUAUGGAUAUGCUUAAUACGUGGGGUAUGUGGAUACAAAGAGCUCGUCUUGAUUGCGUUUUGGGCUGGAGGAGAGAUUCUUUUUUCUUUAAAUCGAAAAUGAAACAAAGUGUUGAACAGGUGGAAAUAUGUUGUCAAUUUUGUCCUCAGAAUAUCACCAUGGGUAAAGCAGAUAACUCAUCAGUUCCGGCAUCAUCUUCAGUAUUGGUUCCAACUACCCGAUCUCUUGCUAAGACAUCUUCAGCUUCAUCCUCUAUUACUUUACGAGAAAUGGCCUGUCCUCAUUGUUUAAAACCACUCCCAAAAUGCAUCCUUUGUCAUAGGCACAUGGGUGCGUACGUUCAAACGGAAUGUCGUGAUCUUGGUCGCUUGUCUUCCUGGUUCACAUGGUGCCAAAAAUGUCGCCAUGGAGGGCACUUGGCACAUUUACGUCACUGGUUUAGCGAACAUGAAGAAUGUGCAGCUAGUGGUUGUUUGUGUAACUGUAAAGGUGAAGGAUCAAUGGAACUCAACACUGAGUCAUCACAAACAUGCAAGCUCUGUGAAGACUUAUGA